CGGAGCUGCAGCCGGUUUGUUUCCGGUUGAACUGCUGACGGGAAAAUCAAACUAACUUGAUCGAUGAAAUAAACGCGGCUCAAAGACGACCAAGUUGUUGUUGCACAUGUUGGUUUAAGGUUUGUUCAGUUAUAAUUAAUGCGUUAAAACUUUAUUGAAGUGCACAAAACAUGUUUCUGAAUCCUCUCUGGUUCCUGCCACGGUUGUUCUGCUGCAGGACUUUAUAUAACGCAGUGGAAAUGAGACGGGAGCUUCUGAAAACACUUCCUUUAAACUGCAAACAAGUUCGUCUGACUGAACCGAACAAACACACCAGCCGAGCUUUGAUCCAUUUUGAACCGUUUUAUAGUAAAAACAUGAAAAUCAUCUCAGUUUUUGUUGAAGAGCAUCAAACGAAACACAAUAUUUUCUGUUUUUUUUACUCUUUUGCAUCACAAACACGACUUCCUUCCCUUGAAAUGUGAUGAAACGACGUCCCUGCUCCUCCCUCACCUCUCCUGCCUUCAUCCAGGUGUCCCAGUCUCACCCUGUGGGCUCACCUGGCCUCGUGCGAGCCAAUCAGAGCCCCUCACCUGUCAGGCAGAGGGUUUCCCAGCAGACACUGCUCCUGGGGAAAGGUCUCAAAGGGUCUGGACAAGACCAGGUGCUGCUCAGAGCCCAGAUGCUCCAGAGCCUCACCCUGAGGCCUCCUCCCCCCGGGGCCCUCACCAUCCCCCCGUCCCUCCGCCUGAAGCCCCCCACCUCGACCCCGCCUCCCCUCUCCCGCCCCCACGCCCCCCUGUUCCCCCCCCUCAGGCCGCGACCGCAGCCCAGCGCCACGGCAACGGAGAGCCCGGCCACGCCUAGCCGCCACCUGUCCGUCCCGCCUCCAACUCUCUACUCUCCGGUCCGAGCCGUCCCUCUGAGGCCCAGACUUCAUUCUCCAAACGGCCACCGGGCGGCGUCGCCUCGACAGACCUCCAACCUCCAGCCGAUCGCCGCCGCUCCGUCCAGCCAGGCCUCCUCCAUCGGCCGGCCGCUGGCUGGUUUAAAGAGCUGCCCGUUGACUCAGACUGUGCUCGGUUCCGGCCAAUCGCAGCACAGCGCCCUAUCCGUCGCAAACCCCUUGUCGGCGGUGUCGCACUUUGAGCGCUCGCCGUCUGCGGCGCGGCAGCUUCAGAUCAUCGCCCUCUCCUCGGGGCGGCAGCCGCAGGCGGGAACGUUCGCCCACGCUGCUGCCGCGGCGGCAGUGGUGGAGUCGCCGGAGCUUUCCAGCCAAUCGAAGAGGCCGCUGAGCGCCGAAGACGUGCUUCCUCUUCCUCCGAACCCCUCGUUGCCAAAAACCAGCUCACCUCCGUCCCUCCUGAGUCCGGCCUCGCCACCGAGUCAAGCCGGACCUCAAACACAGACUCUGACCCCAAAAGGAGACGCGAAGGAGAGCGAAGAGCAGCGAGAGAGAAGCCGAGGAGGGAGGCCAGGAGUCCGAGACGACAAAGAUCCGAGGCUGGAGAAAGACGACCAAAGAGUGAAGGAGGAGAAACCGGCCGAGGACGAAAUCAGUCCGAAGGACGUCGAAACAGGCGGAGAGGAAGACCAGAUGGAGGUGACGGAGGAAGGCCAAAGCAACCGAGAGGAAGGAGAGGAGAAGAUGGAGGUGGAAAAGGAAGGAGAGACUCCGAUGGACCAGUCUGAGACCCAGACCGACCCGCUUCUCCAUCAGCACCAGAACACGGAUCCCAACCCAACGCCGGAUACUGUUAAAGACUCCAACGUGGAAUCAAAACCCAUCCUGGGUCUCAUUUCUGCUGCGGUUCCAGUCCAAACUCCAGCUCCAGCCCCAGUCCCAGUCCUACCAGUCCUACCAGUCCCACCAGUACCAGUCCAAUCAGCCCCACCACUACCAGUCCAGUCAGCCCCACCAGUACCGGUCCCAUCAGCCCCAGUCCCACCAGUACAAGUACCAGUCCCAACAGCACCAGUCCCACCAGUACAAGUCCCAGUCCCAACAGCACCAGUCCCACCAUCCCCACCAGUCCCAGUACCAGAGGUCCCAGUCCAGAGUCAGAGGCUGCCAGAACCUCAUCGAGACCUGCAGCCCGUCAGCCAGGAGGACUUCUGCGAGAACAUGUCGACUCAGUCCGACAAUCAGUCAGCGCUGUCCAGCCUCUCCUCCCAGUCUCCCCCGUCCUCACCCUUCGUCACCCCCUCGGCGGAAAACCCUCCCCCGCUGCUGCCGCCGCUGCCUGCCCUCCCCACUGACCUCAGCCGGCCGCAGCACGAGGUCGACAAGGCCGACAAGGCGGCCGGCGAGUCGCAGCGCCCGGCCGAGGCGGAGACGGAGCCUCUCGGCCAAUCGGAGGACGAGUCGGAGAGCUUCGGCCAAUCGCUGAGCGGCCCCUGGGAGCCGAGGGCGUGGCCUGAGGGCCGGCAGGUGCUGACUCACCUGGUGGAGGGAUUCGUUAUCCAGGAGGGACUGCAGCCGUUCCCAGUGAACCGCUCGUCCCUGCUGGUUCCAGAGCAGGUGACCAAACCACAGGAAGUGAACGGGACCAAUGGGAGGGCGGCGUUGCCUGUGACGGAAACGAUCAAGCAAACCGAGCACUCCACGGACUCAGACGAAGAAGAAGGAGGAGACACGGACGACGCCGGGACCAGGUCGAGCCACAGGGACCGAACGGUGCUGCACUGCCAGUUCUGCGGGAAAAGAGGCCACGCCCACAACUUCAUGCGGUCCAAGCGCUUCUGCUCCACUUCCUGUGCACGCGGGUUCAACGUUCGCCUGACGAAACGCCUGCGAGCCCUGAGCGCCGGCAGUCGAUCCGAGAGGCCUCGGCCGGCGCUGAACCGGGCCGAGUCAGUGCCUGGGAAGCCUCUGUUACUGCGGCUGCCUCGUGACUUGUGGAGCGCCGGGCGCCGCGAGAAGGAGGGGAAGGAGAAGGCGGCGGCGCCGGAGGAUGAGGACGAGGAGGAGGAGGAGGAGGAGGACGUGGGGGGAGGCGGGGAGGAAGACGACGAUGACGGAGGGGAGGAGGAUCCGGCUGUUGCCAUGGCGGCCCGGAUGGAGCGGCGGGCGGCCCGGAGAGCUCGCAGGGCGUCAGCGCCGGCCGUCACCACGUCGACGCCCACCUCCACCUUCAAGCCGGCGCCCUCCCAGUGGAGCGUGGAGGACGUCACCGCCUUCAUCCACACGCUGCCAGGCUGCAGCGAUGUGGCCGAGGCCUUCCGGCUGCAGGAGAUCGACGGUCAGGCUCUGCUGCUCCUCACCGAGGACCACCUGAUGACCAGCAUGAACAUCAAACUGGGACCCGCCCUAAAGAUCUGCGCUCACAUCAACGCGCUGAAAAACCAAUGAAAAGGAAGAUAAGAUCUGAAACAACAACAAAAAGUAAACUAAAAAAAAAACUAAACAAAUAAAAGAAGAAGAAGAAGAAGCAGCGACGGCAAUAAAGAGGCGACGAGAAGCUCAAAGAAGACAAAAGCUGACACCAAGGAUGACAGAACAAAGUCACAAAAAGAGAUCCGUGGUAACUUAUGAGAUUAUAAAUGGAGGUGUGGCCUUAGCAGACGGAAGCUCGACGACGACGACGACGUCCAGGAGAAGUUUGACCAGUUUGGACCCUCUGACUGUAGCAGGAGACGGCCGGCCGGGGGGGUUUUGUACCUUUGUGUAUAUUUUACAUGCCGCUGGAGAGUGUACAUUUGAAGCUAUUUCAUGAAGGAUUUUGAACAUUUAAUAUAUAAAAUUUGUCUAUUUAGUUUUUUUAGAACGUGACGUCGACGACAAAUCUAUCCCGUAGCUCCCAUAACCAGUGUGUGUUAAAAGAAAAGCAGAAAAAAAACAACGACAAUAACGAUACGUAGACUUUGUAAGUGAUUAAUGAAAGUUUAAUGUUUUAUAUCACUAUAUUCUGGACAGAAACAUGUCUGUGGAUUUAAAAAAAACAACAAAAAAAACAAGAGUCACUAUCAGGGUAGAGACUGGUGUCUUUAAUCGUCACAUUUUUAUGGUAUCCUGCUUGAAAUUAUUUAAUAAAUGAACAAUUAAUCAAAA